GGGGCUGAACGCAGCGCGAGAUCCAGCAGCUCAAGCUUGGUCUACUUACUUGAGCGUAGGGGAGUUGAGAGAACGAGCUCACUAACAUACACACUCACACACAGACUGACUGCGAGUUUGAACUAUUUUUUUAUAUUACAAUCUAUCGAUUUUUGGAGGGGGGUCUUCCAGGCUUCAUUAUUUUGAUCCGUAUUAUACUUUUGUAUAAAAUGUAUUGAAUACGGAAACUUGCAGACGAGGUAAAAAAAAAUUUGCGCGCUAAGUCAGUUUUGGGUGGAUUUUUUUCAUUUUGUAGAAUAUACUGUCAUUCGAGAGGGAGGGCUGGGGCAGCCAAGCUUAAAAGAAGGCGGAGAGAGCGGCGACCAGGCGUUGUGUGUGAGAGAGCCCAUCGCUCUAUCCCUAUGUGAAUGUGUAGGAGGCGGGUUCAUACACGCGCGCAGAGGAGAGGGUGGAUUUACGUCGUUGGACGCACGCGUUUUCUCUCCUGGCUUUCUUGCAAAGCUUGUGAUGAGUGGCUUACUGGCUUGUGCUCCAAGCUUGUAGCUACUGUCAGACAGCGGGGAAGUUAUGCAGCCGGUGCUCUGAAGACGCAUGUCUUUUCAGUGUACUGUAGAUUAUGAAUUCAGGGAGCACGCCUACCGCAAAAUAAAUAAGACUAGUCUUUUAAGCAAAUCAAGAAAAUGGCAUUCCAGAUUAACCGUCAGCUCCAGAAUCAGUCUCCGCAGUACUGAGUGGAAGAUGAUCGAGAUGUCAGUGGACAAAGAGACUGUUUUAGCUGGUGAUGGAAGAGUGGACCCCAUGACGCAUCAGCAACCCCAACAGCUCACAGAAUGUACUGGAAGCUGCACUAAUGCCCCCAAAUCUUUGGUGGCCACAUCUGGUAGCUUGGAAGAUGGCACCGCUUGCACCGUAGCUGCUUUUUCGGGUAGUGUGGUUCUGACAGAGCAGCUGACUAAUGAAUCAAAUUCUUCUGGGGGCUGCAGCCGCACUGAAAGCAUGGGCCUAGGGCCUCGGAACCAUUUUCGCCCAAAAAACGGGCUGCAACAACCACAGCAGCAGCAGAAGAUGAACAAGCGCCGUUACAGCAUGAAUGUGGGUUUCAAGCACCCGGGCUUCAGCAAGAGGAGGCGGCGGGCUAACUCGGAGAGCGACCCGGUCUUGCCCACCAACUUCCUGCUGGGUGGAAACAUCUUUGACCCACUGAAUCUCAACAGCUUGCUGGACGACGAGGUGAACCGGGCCCUGAAUGCAGAGACGCCAAAGUCUUCGCCAUUGCCUGCUAAGAGUCGUGAUCCCGUGGAAAUACUAAUUCCCAAAGACAUCACAGACCCUUUAAACCUUAACAGUGCUGGGGGGAACAGUGAUAUCCUUGUGUCACCUUUGAAGAGCGGGGGCAGGAAGAGACAUCGUAACCGGCAUCAUGGAGGAGGAGGAGGAGGCAUGGCAACCGCACAGCUUGACCUCUCUUUGUCUGAGAGGGGUAAGCCCGCCGAGGGGUGUGUUGCAGCAGCUGGAGGGGCGUCCUUGCAAUCACUGCCUGCAUCCAGGGGUGCAGCAGCAAGUGUGGUUCCGGAGGCCCCCAAGGAGGGCGCUGUUAUCCACCUCACACCUGUUCCAGAGUCCCCUCGCCCAUAUGAGCUCAACACCUCUAUCAACUGCCGGGAUGAGGUUGUGCAGCCCAUCCUGCCACGCAGCCAGUCACAUGCUGUGACUAGCUCCACUGUCCAGUCUCAGGCACAAGGCUCGGCAAAUUCAGUCCCCGUCUCAUCCUCGGCCACCCACCAGCUUCCUUCAUCCCGGCACCGCAAGCGCCGGCGCACGUCCAGCAAGUCCGACUCAUCGAUCACCCCCACCCAGCCGGCUAAGAAAGGGAGCGUGGAAAAGGGGCGAGGACCUGGUUCAGGGAAGCGACCACAAACCUUCCAUACACCAGUAGGGGGCGGUCGAGCAGGGAGCCUCCCUGCAAGUGGUAAGUCUGGCCACCAGCAGCCUCGGAAUCGUCGCAAACAGCAGAAGUUCCAGUAUGGCAACUACAAUAAGUAUUAUGGCUAUCGCAACCUGGGUCUGAGUGAGGACUCGCGGUUGCGCGUGCUGAAGCCGGAAUGGUUCCGGGGCAAAGCAGUGCUAGACCUGGGCUGCAACACAGGCCACGUGACCCUCACCAUCGCCACCAACUGGCGCCCUGCCCGCAUUCUAGGCCUGGACAUUGACGGCGGACUGAUUCAUGCGGCACGACAGAACAUCAGGCACUACCUGUCGGAGUUGCAGGCACAAGAGGCCCGACGGACUGCGGUGGGGUGGCAGGCGGAGGAGGGAACAGGAGUCAAAACCCAGGAGGGGGGAUUGAAGGAGAGGAAGAAGCACAGGAUCCAGGAGCAGAAAGCAAAGGUGACUGAAAAGGGAGGAAACAAAAUGGAGGACAAACAGGAAGCAGGACAAAAGCAAGAAGAGGUUACACCAAUGGACACUUCAGGUCCCACAGAAAAGAGGGGUACAGGGAAGGCGGGGAAGGCAGGAAAGGUGGGACUGACAGAACGUGUUGUGGCCUCUAGGGAGCCCCUUGGAGGUCCCGUGAGCAUAGGCCGCCCUUUUCCUAUUUCACUGCGGAUCUGUAGGGGCCCCAUUGCAGCACCCCCCCUUUUACGCACCAUCCCUGGGGACUUCCCUGCCAAUGUCUCCUUUGUCAAGGGAAACUACGUCCUGGAGAGUGACGCGCUCCUGCACACCCAGCAGCCGGAGUAUGACGUUAUCCUGUGCCUGAGCAUGACCAAGUGGGUGCACCUGAACUGGGGCGACGGUGGGGUGCAGCGCCUCUUCAAACGGGCCUUCAGGCACCUGCAGCCUGGAGGAAUCUUCAUUCUGGAGCCACAGCCAUGGGCCUCGUACGGAAAGAGGAAGAGGCUCACGGAGACCACCUAUAAGAAUUACUACAAUAUCCGCUUCAAGCCAGAUCGGUUCACCUCCUACCUGACAUCAGAAGUGGGCUUUUCCAGCUAUGAGCUCCUUGGCACGCCUAAGAGCUCCUCCAGAGGAUUUCAGAGGCCUAUCUACCUGUUCCACAAAGGACCGUCUUGCUCAAGGAAAUGACUCAUUUGGAAGAUGAACAAACAUGGAACCUGAAAAGAAUCAAGACUUCAUUCAUCCACCUAUAUCUGAAAAGCCAGCAUAACCUUUUUUUUUUUUUUGAUGGAUAUUUUUAACUUUUGAAAAAUGGAAUGGGAGAGGUUUGGAAAAAGGGGGAGAAAGUAGAGGGAAGAUAAAUGCUAAGGUGUACAUCCAACAGACAUGCUUUAGAUUUAUUUGCCUGUUUAACAGAAACUUGUAAUUUUUUUUAAGAUUGUGAAAAACUCAGAACAGACUACUAACAAAUACACACACACAUACACAGCAUUGAAAGCAUUAUGCUCCAAUUCUACGGUUUCUAUAUAAAAGUGCAGCUACAAAUCUUUCUUUGUGAGAAAAUGGGUAUUAUCCUCACGCGUUUGUUUCUCACUGUGGAUCUGCAUCUGUUCGAGGUGAUAACACUGUAAAGAUGUGACAGCUCACUCUGUUCAGUGUCGGUCCCUGUUCACUGGCACACAGUGCUUUAUGUAACUGCCAGCUUCUGAAGCUGCUGGGUGAUGAGAUCACUUUCAUUCCCUCUGACCGGGGGAGUCUCAUAGAAGAACUGAUGAGGGGUGCCCAACUUGGUCCUUGGUCAAGCUGUGGUUGUCUUUUGAAGGGGUGGUUUUCUUUUGCCAGCUCGGAUGAACCACCCAUGUUCAGUGUAAAACCUUAGCUUUAUUCUGGACAGAGCAAGGUAAAUAAGUGCAUUGAGGACAGGCAGCUUCGGGUUUCUGUGCCGCUACCUCAGUGCUAAGACCUUUGGAACAUUGUCACAAAACAUUGUACUCAUUCUGAGAAUGUGUCAGCUGAGGAGGUUAACUUAUGGGGCGCAGACAUGACCCGCCCACCCCCAAGGAAAGUGAUCGAAACAACACCUGAGGUGUGACUGAAAACCAGGUGGUCCUGGAAGCCUCAAACCGUGAUGCCAAACAAAGGCCUGAAGCAGUACAGCCUGUCCAGCCAGCAUGGGCUUGCACAACACGUGCCGAUUGUACUGCAGGCCUCUAGUGCUGUGGAGGACACACCGUUGGACUGUAUCGCUCCAUUUUCAAAGACCUGUUGAAUCCAGGCCACACUCAAGAGAGGAUGACAUUUCGGUGCAAAACGACCCUAAUCUUACACAUUGUAGACUGUUUAUUCUGCAACCAACUCUUGUGCAUCAAAAAAAUAAUUAAAAGGAGCACUGCUUAUCUUGAUACUCACCAGGUCUAACCCGUUUUGGAAGCCUGUUUUUACAUUUUUUGGAUUUGUUGGGACUAUUAGAUGCUGAACAUGACUUUUGGUUGAGAGAAGAAUGGUGCCAUGUGGAUCAAAUGUGUGGGGACCACGUUUUCCCCCUCAGCAUUAAAUCAUAGCACUAUUCUCAUCUGUAUCAACUGCAUCAUUUUGCUGUGAAACCUCAGAGCGUUGGUCAUCAAUGUGUUUCUCGUGUAUUUUUUAACUACAUUUGGAGGAACACAGUUCAGCUUGGUUUGUGUGUGAGUUUGAGUGACAGGGAGGUCCGUACUCAUUUUAAGAUCAUCUUCCCUCCAGACGGUCACAAUUUAAAGGUUUUUGAAAACGUUCAAUGUUUUAAACAAUGAAGAGAAAAAAUAAACCUGUUUCCAAUUGGA